UAUGUAGCUGGGAGAGGAAAUAAUAUAAUAAACCUUAUCCCAAAAUGUCAACAAUUCGUACAACUUGGACUGUAUAAAAGAAUAUUACAGAGAACAAGCUAUAGGGUUCGUUUUAGCCUGAAAGUUAUAGGUAACAGGAAGAGGUUCAGGUAAUAAUUAUAUUGGUUUAAUUUGGUGAAAAAAGGAGAGGCACAGAGAAUAGUCAGAGGCAGAAAGUGUACUUUUAUUCUUUACUGAGGUUUUUGACUAAAUAUAUAUAUUUUUUAUAAAGCUUGUUUCUUUUUGUUUUAAAGUAAUAAUUCUUUAUGCUGAACAGAAAAGUGCGCUUUUUUUGUAUUUAUUUGAUAUAUGUAACCCUGGUAUUGUUUAACUAAAUGCAGUUGUAAAAUAAUCACUUAAGGUAUUAUAUUCUAAUUUAUUUUUACAUUUUAAAUUGUAAGCGGCAGUCAUGUUUAUACAUUUUUUACUUUAGAAAUAACAGGCAAAAAGUUGGAAUAUUCGUUGCAAAUACUCUUGUAAACCUUAAGGCAUAAGCAAAGAAAAAUAUGAUACAACCUGUUUGUGACCAGUGGUUUUUGUAAAAGUGGGGCUCAGAGAUACAGUGGGAACGUAGGAAUGUUAAGUAAACGUAACAGUGGGAAAAGUAGUUACAGCCCAUAUACAGUGGGAUUAAGAAAGAAGAAAAACAGUUCCAGCACUUCCAAAUCUGGAGUGGAUUCUUUAAACAGAUCAAGUGUGUGGCUAAAGGAGCUGCCUCGUAAAGAUGCUGUGGAUAUCCAGGUUUUACAGAUGGGCAGUUCAUCAGAACUCACAGUUUCCAAUAUACCUACUUCCAAACUUGGAAACAGUCCUAGCACUGCUAGUACCCUCAAAAGGCCCACCAACUUAAGCCGGCAUGCUAGUGCUGCUGGAUUCCCCAUCUCCAACCAGACCAGCACCACCACAUGGGGAUUUAGUAAGGGCAACAAAUUCAGCAUGUACUCUGGUACUGAAAGCUGCGAUGGCCCUGUUAUGGAAGCUGAGGAUAUUGCACAACUGCUCCGCCAUGUGGCACGCUUUGCCGAAGGACUUGAAAAACUCAAAGAUGUAGUUCUCGGAGAAGACAAGCAGGAUACCCGGAGGCCAAUGGCCCAUGAAUGUCUUGGUGAAGUUCUCCGAAUAUUGCGGCAGGUUAUAAAUAAAUAUCCAAUCUUAAACUCUGUAGAAACUCUCACAGCAGCUGGAACUCUGAUUUCUAAAGUGAAAGGUUUUCACUACGAGUCCAGCAAUGAAGCUGAUAAAAAGGAGUUUGAGAAAGCGGUGGAAACCAUUGCAGUUGCUUUCAGCAGUAUUGUUUCAGAAUUUCUCAUGGGAGAGGUGGACAGCAGUACUUUACUUUCCCUACCACCAGCAGACAAAAGUCGGUCUAUGGAGAACCUAUAUGGAGGACUCCCGACAUCUGGAGACAUGGUGCAAACCAGCUGUGAGCUAAUUAAUACAGGUAGUCUGACAUCAGAGCAGGUCGACAUCAUGCUUCAAAAAUAUGAAGGUGGAGUGGAAGCAGCGCUACAGUAUGCCAAGGCAAUCUCCAAAUACAUGAAGGAUCUCAGCAUCUACCUAGAGAAAAGAACAACAUUGGAAAUGGAGUUUGCAAAGGGGCUUCAGAAAAUGGUUCAGUCAUGCAAGGCAAGCAUAAUGGAGGAGCACUAUAUGCCUUUCUUAUCUAUCUACUCACUGGCACUAGAACAGGAUAUGGAUUAUGGACAAGGGGUAAUGCAGAUGGCGAAUACCCUCCAGAACCAGACCUUCUUACAGCCACUACUUACAAGACGUGUCGAACAUGAGAAGAAAAGGAAGGAGCUUAAAGAGCUGUGGCACAGAGCACAGAAGAAGCUGCAAGAGGCAGAAGGAAAUCUACGGAAAUCCAAGCAGGUGUACAUGCAGAGGCAUGAGGAGUAUGAGAAAGCAAAGUACGUGACAGGGAGGGCUGAGGAGGACCAGCAGAGUGCCAGCAGCAGUAAUACUACUAAAACCUUGGAAAAGAAAAGGAGGUUAGAAGAGGAGGCCAAGAACAAGGCUACAGAAGCAGAAGCAACAUAUCGAACUUGUGUUGCUGAUGCCAAAACACAGAAACAAGAGCUAGAAGAUGUGAAAGUGAAUGUCCUUCGACAAAUCCAAGAAGUGAUCAAACAGACAGACCAAACCCUGAAAUCAGCUACAAUAUCAUAUUACCAGAUUAUGCAUAUGCAGACUGCACCCCUUCCUGUCCACUACCAGACACUCUGUGAAAGCAGCAAACUCUAUGACCCGGCCCAGCAGUAUGCAUGCUAUGUGAAAGAGUUGGAAAAGGAAAAUGAGCAGCACAACAAUUACGACUUUGAGCCAUAUGUGCCACAGGUCACAUGGUCUCCAUACAUUAGAACUCGGAAAGGCAGCUUCAAUGCCCAUGACUAUGCUGCAGGCUCCGGAUCUGAGACCCCUGGUGGUACUCAGUCACCAGUGGAAGAGAUAACUAGUCUUGAAGGGGCAAUUCUGAAGGAGAAUCGGAACCCAGAAAGAAGAGGAGGACGAGGUCACCAAGUUCACAAAUCUUGGCCAACAGGUGCAAAUGAUGCAGACAGCACUGGAAGUGGCAGCUGUCUCAACACACCUUCUGGAAGCUCAGGUGAUUUAGCUAGAAAAAUCCCCUUGAUGUCUUCAGACGGUACCAUGUCCUCAAAUGAAGAGAUAGAUGAGAAAGAUGGCAACACAGCUUCAUUUGAGCAAAGUAUUAAUGGGAUUUCCUCUGGAAUGGAUGUACCAACAGGACCUUUCCGGAAUGUUGGUCUCUCAAAGGCAGCUCAGACCCAUCGAAUGAGAAAACUGCGCACACCAUCCAAGUGCAGAGAAUGUGACAGCUAUGUAUACUUCCAGGGAGCGGAAUGUGAGGAGUGUUAUCUAGCUUGCCAUAAAAAGUGCUUGGAGUCCUUGGCUAUCCAGUGUGGACACAAGAAACUGCAUGGAAAACUACAGUUGUUUGGUCGUGACUUUGAAGAGGUAUCCAAGGCCAGUCCAGAUGGUAUCCCUUUUAUUAUCAAGAAAUGCAUUUCUGAGAUUGAGAAAAGAGCAAGUAAAAUAAAGGGAAUUUACCGUGUUAAUGGAGUGAAGACACGUGUCGAGAAACUUUGCCAGGCUUUUGAGAAUGGGAAGGAGCUGGUAGAGCUGUCACAGGCCUCACCACAUGAUAUCAGCAACGUACUCAAACUGUACCUCCGACAGCUCCCAGAACCCAUCAUGCCCUUCCGCCUCUACAAUGAGCUAAUGGGUCUGGCAAAGGAGAGCCUGCACGGUAGUGCAGAAGGUGUGGCUGGAAAGGGACCUGAACUGGUGGACAAGGGACCGGACACAAACAAGGAAGUCAUUGCUACAGUACAGAAACUGAUAGACCUACUAAAGGAACUGCCUCCAUCAAACAUGGCAACGUUACAGUACCUGAUUCGACACCUGUGCAGAAUUGCAGAGUUGGAGCAAGACAACAAGAUGACACCUAGUAACCUUGGUAUUGUAUUUGGCCCCACACUGAUGAGACCAAGGCCUACAGAAGCCACAGUAUCCCUCUCUUCACUGGUCGACUAUCCCCACCAAGCACGCAUACUGGAAACCAUGAUCAUCUUCUAUGAUGCCAUCUUUGAAUCAAGGUCAACAGACUGUUUGUUGAAUGCAGACAGUGAUAAUGGGGGCCAAGGAAACAACAAGUGGGCCUCCACCGGACAGCGACCAGCAUCUGGGAAUCUUGAUGAUGUAGCUGAAGAGGAGUACAUCAGUCAGCAGCUACAGUCUGAGGAUGCAACAGAUAACAGAGACUCAUUCUGUGGAAAUUCACUGGGUUCUACAGGGUCUCGAGAACGCUCUAUUGAUUCUGACUCAGAGCUAGAAGAUGGAAAUAGUGAAUACCAUAAUUCAAGGCAAAUGAAGUCAGCAAAAACUGGAUCACGGCUCAUUAAGCAGGGUAGUGAAACAAGUGCUGAAGAAGGACAGCUCUACAGUGAUGGCAAUGAAGGGUCUCAUAGCAGAACCUCAAGUUUGGAGCAAACCUCCAAUCGCAGUUCAAGCAUCAAUGUUAUGUUACAACAGUUAACGAUAGGUGAGCAUGGAGAACUGGAUAAUGAAGUCAUUACUUCUACUUCUGAAGUCAAAGAGGUGACUUCACAACGAAGCCAGACAACUCACACCAUGACUCUGUCACAGUAUAAUACCAAUCAGUCCAACAGUGUGCUCAAAAUCAGUCACUGCCUUUCAGAUCCACUUCAUUAUGACCACUUAAGCCCACUUGUUUGGCGGCAGAAAGGAAAAACAAUAGCACUGGACAAGAACACAGCACCAGAAUGUGUGUAACAUGGUCAUGGUUUGUAUUUUAUCGUUUAAUGCCUGUCACUUUUUCCUGCAAUAAACAUUCCAAAUACUCUGCUGAAUUGGUACAAUCUCAUCAUAAAAAUGUGACAUAAUACAGUAAAAUUUGUCAUGGAUCUUUGCUCAGAAUGUCACAGACAGAAGUUGUUUACCAAGUGCACUGAGAAAAAAAGUGCAUGAUCAGCUCUCAUCUGCUACCCUUUGUUGACAGUCUUUCUGAAACGGGGCAGUAGAGAUGCAUCUCCCUUUAACUUCUGUAGCCUGUGCAUCUUUCACAUUAAUUUCCAGUAAACAAAACAGGUCAUUCAUUUACUAGCAGUUCUCUUUUGCAGCUGUGUGCUUAUUGUGAUGAUAACAUGCAGCAGACAUAAUAGCUGGUAUAUUUCUUCAAUAACGCAUAGCUCUAAGUAACGAGCUGAAAAGAACAAACUAGCCUCUGUGUAGAGCUGUAUUCAUUACUUUUGGUAACGGUUUGAAAAAUGUACAGGAGCUACUAAAACGCUUAUUUUGUAAUAAAAUGCACAUGGCUAAGUUUACUAUGAAAUAUCAAAUUAUAACAGUGAAGUCAUGUGAUAUUUGAUAAAGCAAAGUUGAUCACCAAAGUGUGGCACUUUGAUAGAACUGUGUAUAUUAUGCACUUUGAAGUGUGAAUCUGAAUGCUGAAAUAUAAUUCACUUUGUUUAAUUUUUUUAUAUAUUUUAUGCAAAUGGUAAAUUAUAAGAAAUGUGUUGUAAAAAUACUUCUCAAAUACAGGGUAUACCCUCACAGUGAAAAUUUCUGUUCUACUUACUUUUUUUUAGCACUUUUGAUACAAUAAUGCUUCCAACGUGAGCCACACCAGGUUUUUAACAGCACUGCUAGAUAUUGCUUUACAAUUACUGUUCCUUGAGAUGAAAGAGGUAAUACUGCCAUAUUUCAGUCAAACAGCAGGUAAGCAGGAUCAGAGGUCAAUAAACCUCUGAAAAGAUGAAAACAGUAAAGACAUAAGGAACUCUCAUUUCUUUGUCUCAGAUGUGAAAACAAACUUCAGAACAAAAUGGAAGCUAACAGACUGCCGAAAGACAUGAAACAGUGAAGAAAUGAAUAAAGCAUUUACGUUGCUCUUAGCAUCACUGUGUGCUGCUGCUAUAACAUUAAGAGAAGAAUUUGGGAACAAAUCUAUCUUUACUCUGGUGUCUGCUGUUUUACAAACCAAAACACAGGUGUAGCUCAUACCUUUUUUUCUCGGAUCCUCAUACUGAUUUUCUUGCAAGUCAGCGAAUAUUACAGUCAAUGAAAAGCGAGUGAUGUUAAGAGUUCCAGACUUCUUAAUCUUCAGAAGCAUGCAUCUUACUUCAAAUCCUGUUAUUCCAACAACUUAUUAGCAAAAUAAGAACUGUUUUUUUUUUUUUAAAUUGUCCCUAAUUUUGGGUCUUUCUCCCUUUUUAUUUUUGCUUUGUCACUAAUACUUGAGCAACUGUUGCCACAGUGGUGCAAUGGUUAGUGUUGUCGCCUCACAGCAAGAGAUUCUUUGGUCCGAUUCUUGGCUGGAACAUCUUCUAUGCACAGUCUGUAUGCCCUCCCUGCGGUUGAAUGAGUUUUAAAGACAUGCAGGUAGGUGCGUGUGUGUGCACCUUCUGUGAAAGUUGGGUGUCAGACUGGCAACUCGGCACCAUAAAAACUCCACUGCCAAUCAAUCUGCGGACCAGUGAUCCACUGUGAUGAGCCCUAACUGGGAAAAGCCAAAAUACAUUGCUUUUGGCACUGAUACUUGAGCAAAGGGGUUAAAAUCAUAUGAUGCAACUUAUCUUCAAAUCCAAUUCUCCCAAACACAUACACUUGUAAGCUAGGGUGGGAAGAAAGGGGUGGCUACCCUGGAUGUAAGGCUGUUAGCGGUUUAAUUGGAAGAUGCUAAUGGGGUGGUAUUGCAGUACAAAAUUCAGAAAUGAAUGCCAAUACUACAUUUUCAGUCACAGCUGAAGAACUAAAGCAUUUCAUGUGUGGCAUUAUAACUGUAGCAAGCGCUACAGUUUUAGCACAGCAGAUAUUUUUUUGGUCCUUAACUUGGAGAGGAUAUUUUAUUUUUUAAUUAAUUUUUUUUUUUUUGGUCUUCAACUUAUUAGAGCUGAAGGAGACACCAGAACAGGGUGCUGUACAUGGUGCCAGGUAACAUUGCUAUGGUCUCUCACACACACACACACACACACACACACACACAGUAUUAACCAUAUUUGAAUGUCAGCAUGACGGCCAUACUUUUAGGAACAAACCUUUAACAGCAUCAGCUGAAGGGGUAAACAUCCAUCCAUCCACAACCCCUUUUUCCAGUUUCACACGUGAGUUCAGGGUGUCACUUCAACACUG